AUGAUAGAGCAUGCCGAAGUCUUCGAAGUCGUAGUUGCCAAAAUGAUGUGUCGACAAGUGUGAGUUUCCACCAAUUAUCAUUGAAAUUCUGUAAAUGAAUUCGUUUUGAAUAGGGAAGGGAAUAUUUCAAAUCUGAAUCUUUUUACACUAUGUAAAAUGGAUCCAAUUUUCGCCAAAAAAAUUCACGUUUUUUAUUUUAUUUUAUCCGAAUCUUUUUACAUUAUGUAAAAAGAUUCCGAUUUUUUACUAUUCAGAACAGUUUUUUUUACUAUUCAGAAACAAAAUGAUUUCAAAUAGGAAGAAACUACAGUAACUGCAAAUUCGAUCAAACAGAAAAAGUUGUCUUACGAUUCCUAUUGACAAUCCGAAAUUUUUAGGUUUUUGUAAUAGGAACCAAUAGUGUCUAAAAAAUCAAGAAUUUCCUUGUUUACUGUCAAUACAAAAAAUCAAAGCAGCUGCAAAGACUGUACAAAUGACUUUUUCUUCCAUGGCUUUUCGGAUUAGCAAUAUUUACUCGUAGAGAAAACCUUUCACUCACCUCAAUUUGAGAAAAAACCGCCAAAAAAAUAAAAUUGAAAUUGCGAAAUGGAAUAAAUUGAAAAAAAUCGAUUAGGGAACAAAUUACACAAAAUUGGAUGGUUUUGGAGAAGUUAUGCGGUGAAAACAGAUAAUGAUGAUGAUUGUGAUAAACCUGGAACAAGUAGAAGAUUUGAAAAAGAGCAAGAGGAGAAAAAGUGAGUUUUUUGAGAAUUUCUAAGUAUGAAAAAAGGGCCGUGAGGAAAAAAUGACAACCCUGAAUUUAACUCACGUUUUUGAAAAAAAAAUUAUGCCUAGGCAGCUGACCGAUCCUUUUUUGAAAUUAGAAAUGCUCGAAUGCGAAAAUUUAUUUGGUGGAGCACCAAAUAUUUAAAAAAACUGUCAUGUCAUAAAUAGUUCACGUCCCAAAUAAAUUCCAGUAUAUCUAUUUUCCAGAUAUAAAUACUCAAAUGGUCUCGAUGCUCCGGAAGAAAUCGAUUUUACAGCAAUAGAUGAGGAUUCUCUUCGAGAUCGGUUAGUUUUCUUGAUUCUAAAAGAGUUCAAAAAUCUGAAAUUGCAGGCUGGAGCAAAUCACAAAUUAUCUACGAACAGGUCAUUUUUAUUGUGUUUGGUGUGGUUCGUUAUUCGAUUCGCCUGAAGAUUUAGAAGAAAAUUGUCCCGGUGACACAAGGCAUGCACAUCAUGGUCUUGAUUGA